AUGCAGAUCUUUGUGAAGACCCUGACGGCCAAGACUAUCACUCUUGAGGUUGAGCCCAGGGAUACUAUCGAGAACGUUAAAGCCAAAAUCCAGGACAAGGAAGGUAUCCCACCAGAUCAACAACGUCUGAUUUUUGCUGGAAAACAGCUAGAAGAUGGCCAAACUCUCUGCAACUACAACAUCCAGAAAGAGUCCACUCUGCACUUGGUGCUGCGUCUUCGAGGAGGCAUCAUGGAGCCUUCCCUUCUCCAGCAGGCCCAGAAGUACAACUGUGACAAGAUGAUCUGCCGCAAGCGUUACGCCCGCCUGUACCCCCGCGCUGUAAGUUGCCGUAAGAAGAAGUGCGGCCACACCAACAAUCUGUGCCCCAAGAAGAAGGUCAAAUAAAGACCAGCCUCGGGA